CAGCCAGGUAGGUUCCCACUCCACUGCAGCUGUUUACCCGCCAGCAGCGGGUACGACCCCGGCGGUGUUGAUUACAUCAGACCGUGGGUCAGUGGAGCCACACAACUCAGCUCGGAGCGUGGAAACGUCUCACACCAGGCGGGAGUCGGUGCACCUUAGCAGCGCAACCCCAAAGCAACCAUGAUCUUCGCUUUAAGGAACCUCCUCGGGCGCUCGGUUUCUCUGAGCAACAAGUGCUCCGUGCGCUCGUUUCGAUGUGGGCAGGUUGUACUAGGCGCUGCUACUCUGAAAGGGCGUCAUCUACUGUCUCUCAAGGAUUUUAAUGGAGAAGAAAUCAAACAAUUUUUGUGGACAGCAGCUGAUCUGAAAAUGAGAAUAAAGCAGAAAGGAGAGAUCCUCCCUCUACUUCAAGGAAAGUCUAUUGCCAUGAUAUUUGAAAAAAGAAGCACCAGAACAAGAAUCUCUACUGAAACAGGAUUUGCAUUGCUUGGAGGGCACCCAUGUUUCCUUACAACACAAGAUAUUCAUCUAGGAGUGAAUGAGAGUCGUAAAGACACAGCCAGGGUGUUGUCUGGAAUGACUGACCUGAUCCUGGCCAGGGUGUACAAGCACUCUGAUCUCGAGCAACUAGCAGAAGAUGGUUCAAUCCCAGUGAUCAAUGGGCUGUCAGAGUUGUACCAUCCGAUCCAGAUCCUAGCUGAUUACCUUACCCUUCAGGAACAUUUUGGCUCCCUGAAAGGUCUGACUGUGUCUUGGAUAGGAGAUGGAAACAAUGUGUUACACUCUUUCAUGAUGAGUGCUCCUAAACUUGGAAUGCAUCUACAUGUUGCUACUCCUAAGUGUUUCGAACCUGAUGCCAAUGUCACCAAGUUUGCUAAGUCAUUGGCUGAAGAGUGUGGAACCAAGUUGUUCUUCACUAAUGAUCCUCUGGAAGCAGCAAAUGGAGCCAAUGUUCUGGUAACAGACACAUGGAUCAGCAUGGGACAAGAGGAGGAGAAAGCAGAGAGACUGAAGGCAUUCCAUGGCUAUCAAAUCACAAUGAAGACUGGAAAGUCAGGCCCCAACUGGACAUUCUUGCAUUGUUUACCACGGGAACCUGAAGAAGUUGAUGAUGAAGUAUUUUACUCUCCACGAUCACUGGUCUUCCAAGAAGCUGAAAAUAGGAAAUGGACAAUCAUGGGGGCAAUGGUGAACAUACUGACAGAUUAUUCUCCACUGAGCAACAAGCCAGAAUUCUGAAUCCUGUCCUACAAUUUAAUAUGAAAUGCUUCAAACAGUUGUGUAACUCUGCAAUUCUUUGAUAUUAAAUUACACCAUUUAACUAAA